AUGUGUAGGACCUUCCCCACCACGCUGAAGGGUCCUGCAAGGAUUUGGUUCAGCAGAUUGACACCUAACUCCAUCAGUACAUUCAAGGAGCUAAUCGCCCAGUUUGCUUCACACUUUAUCGGAGGGCAUAGGUAUAAGAAGUCUACUGCGUGCCUAAUGAGCAUUAAACAACGGGAAGAUGAGACACUAAGGUCUUACAUAACCCGCUUUAACAAAGAAGCACUUUUAAUCGAUGAGGCUGACGAUAAUGUACUGGUAGCCGCGUUCACCAAUGGGUUGCGGAAGGGUAAGUUUCUAUUCUCCCUAUAUAAGAACGAUCCCAAGACUAUGUCGGAUAUGCUUUAUAGAGCGACCAAAUACAUGAACGUGGAAAACACACUUUUGGCCCGAAAAGAGAAACCCAGGAAAAGAGAAAGACAGAAAGACACAUGGCAGGACAAAGGGCGGAAGAUGGUAAGAACUGGAGAACGAAGGGAGGACAAGCACUCUAAGCCUCCCACAGGGAAAUUCACGAGCUUCACCCUUCUGAUUGCCCCAAUCGACCAGGUUCUGAUGCAAAUCAAGGAUGAAAUGGCCUUAACUUUUCCUGGAAAGUUGAAGGGAGAUCCCAAUAAGAGGUCUAAAGACAAAAUACUGUCAUUUUCACCGUGA